AUGCGCGGGCUCCUGCUCGCGUCGCUCGUCCUCCUGCAGCCCCUCUGGGCGCCGGGGCUGCCCGGGGAGGCCGGCCCGAGCGGGCGCGCUUGGUGCCAGGCCUCCGGGGCCUGCUACAGCGUCCACGUGGCCAGCCGGACCUUCAGCGGCGCCCAGGAGGCGUGCGCCUUGCGCGGGGGCGCGCUGAGCACGGCCAGCGGGGAGGCCGAGAUCCAGGCCGUCGUGGCCCUCCUGCGAGGGGCCGCCGGCGGGGCCGGGCCCGCCGCCUUUUGGCUGGGGCUGGCGCGGCGGCCCCCGCAGUGCACCUCCCAGGAGCUGCCGCUGCGGGGCUUCUCCUGGUCCCCCGCGGAGCCUCCGCAGAGCGGGGCCAACGCCACCCCGGCCGCCCCGCCGUGGCUGAAGGAGCCGAGCCUGUCGUGCACCACGGAGAAAUGCGCCGGCCUGCAGGCGGCGGCGGGGGGGCCCGGCCGGCCGCCGUGGGGGCUGAAGGAGCGCUCUUGCGCCAAGCCGAGCGCGGGCUACGUCUGCAAGUACCGCUACCCGGGCACGUGCCCCGCGCCUCCGCCCGGCGCCGCCCGCCUGCGCUACACGCUCCCUUCCCGCCUGCAAAGCGCCGAGCUGGCCUUCAGCCCGCCGGGCACGGUGCUCAGCCUGCGGUGCCUCGCGGGGGAAGCGCGGCUCACUUGCCGGGCCUCGCCCGACGGCUACCGCUGGGAAGGCGCGGGCCGAGGCCUGUGCUCCUGCCCCGGCGGCUACUGGAGCCCCGGCGAGCAGCGGUGCGUCGACGGCGCGGCCUGCCUGGGCGCCCCAGGCGCGCUCCUCUGCGUCUGCGCCUGGGGCUUCCGCUUGGCGGCCGACGAGAGGUCCUGCCUGCCGGCCGAGGGGACGGCGGCCCCGGAGCCCCCUGGCCUGGUCACUGCCACGGCAGGCGGGCCUUUGCCGUCCAGCCCGCCGGGGGACGGCAGCAGCUCCCGGGCGCCCUGGGCCCCUGGCGAGGCCAACCGCAGCGCCCCUGCGGCCGAGGCGGCCUCCCAGUCUACCCACUACGUCUUUCUCCUGGUCACGCUGGCCGUGGUGCUGCUGGUGAUCCUGGUCAUGGCCUCGCUGCAGGUGUUCAGGUCGUGCUUGGGGCUCUGCUCCUGCAAGGGAGGGCCGGCCGGCAAGGGGCUCGCGCCGUCUGCGGCGCCCGAAGGCGACCUGGAAGCCUCGGCCACGCGCACCAGCUCCGAGCGCUCCUUGGGGCCCAGCAAGGCCGAGUCCGCCGAGGCGUCCGAACCGGUGGCUGGGCAGGCGCCGUUGGAAGAGCCCGAAGGGGACUGGGGUGGUUCUCCCGAAACAGCGGCCUAG